GGGGAUUCAGCCGUGAUGGCCGCGGGUCACUUCUCGUGAUUGGCAUACUUUCUACAUCCAAGCACCGCGUUCAGGAUACAUUACCUGCUUUAACCCUUUCAAGAAACCUCAAAAUGGACGGAUCCAACAUCAGCUCACAAGUCAAAGUCAGCUUGGUAGACAAACCCUGGUUCGGCUUCGACCUCGACGACACACUCCACGAAUUCCGCCGGGCCUCCUCGGCCGCCACGACGAAGACGCUGGAAGCCAUCUCCGCCAAACACGGGACUCCCGUUGACGAGUUGAAGGAGGCGUACGGUCACGUCCUCCGCGCCAAGACGGCUGGUGCCUUUUCUGACGGUAAGACGUCGUACGAGUAUCGACGGGAACGCUUCUCUUCGGUGCUGGACCGGUUCGGAUUACCCAGCGACGAUACGGUGUUUCUGGAGGGUUUGUUGGAUGUGUAUGAGCGGACUUUGAACGAGUCGCUUCAAUUGAAGGAUGGCGCGGAGGCGUUACUUCAGAAGUUGAAGUCUGCGGGGAAAAAAGUUGUCGUGAUUACGGAGGGUCCGCAGGACGCGCAGGAGAGGACUGUGAGGGCGCUGGGGAUUGGAGGGUAUAUUGAUUUUCUGGCGACGACGAAUUUCUUUGGGGUGGCUAAGACGGAGGGGUUGUUUGGGGAGGUUUUGAGGCAUCUUGGGAUUGGGGCGGGGGAGAUUGUAUUUGUUGGGGACAGUGUGGUGAGGGAUAUAGAACCUGCUUUGGGGGAGGGGAUUUUGAGUGUAUUUUUUGAUGAGAGGGGGGAGACGUCUUGGGAGGGUAGGAUGAUGAAGGUUAAGAGCUUGAGGGAUCUUGAGGGGUUGAUUGGGGACGGGGAUUUGUGAGGUGGUUGAUGGCUUUUUCUUCACGAUUGUAGGUAGUAGUGAGGCAUAAGAUGUAUCCUCAUUCUGCAUCAGACUUGAUAUAAUCUUCAUUUUGCCUAUACCAUCAAUCGCCGCGGCAUAUGGAAGCUGGUUGUACUCUGUCUUGACACUGG